UGAACGGCUGGUAUUUUACUUUCAAAAUCAUGUCGUAAUUACUCUAUAAACUGUUCAAACAAAACUUUUAACAAACAAACAAAAUUACAACUGUGGGCUUAACAAGUAAAAUAAUUGUAAAAAUGUCGCUGACCUCAAGGGUUACCCUGGGCGUGGCGGUGACCGUUUCCAGCGCCAUAAUAGGUUAUGUGCAUUAUAAACAAUCCGAAGACCGUCUCAAACUACACGAGGGUGUUAUACGCGACGUGGAGCAGCAGCAGAGGCGUAAACAUGAAAACACCUAUACGCUCCAGCAACAAAUUGAUAUGACAAAGCAAUUGAAGGCACUGGAGGCUUCUUCGGCGUCACCAGAGCCGCAGGCGCAGUCGUCUCCGGCGGAAUCGCAGCCGGCGCAGGUGGAGAAACAGCCCAAGAGUCCUGCAUCAAAUCUUAAAGCUCAUCCCACCGCUCAGGAAGCGCCACCCAGCCAGCCCACAGAUUGAGUUAAAAAUUCUAUAUAGUCCACAAAUUUUGUAUACGAUUAAGUACAUGCAGUGCAGUAAGAGAAACGGAAGACACACCAGAUGGUGCAUUUGUUUGGUUUUUGUAUAUAGUAUUUACUCAAUUUUUAUUAUUACGAAUGUGUGUAUAGUAAUUACAAUCCUAAUGGGCG